AUGGCGGAAGGGGGAGGAAAUAAUUCAGUUGAUAAUAGCGCUGGCGAUGCUGUUCCCGGGCGCAUAGGGCAACAGUUAUGUCAGCCAUGUUCAAGAAAAGAUUUACAAACAACGGCUGAUGUGUUUUGUUCAGACUGUGAUGAAUUUCAGUGCAAUGAAUGUUCAAAGGCACAUACAGUUUAUGCCUUUAUGAAAAAUCACAAGUUAGUGAAUGCAGUUGAAGUGAAAUCGAAACCAACUUCUUUUGAUAUGAAAGGAAUGGAUAUCUGUGAGAAGCACGGAAAAUUAUUCGAGUUUUUCUGUGAAGACGAAAACCAGCUCUGCUGCAGUACAUGUGCUAUAGUAAAUCACAGGAAUUGUCGUAGUGUCGUAGAAAUAUCGGAGAUUGCCGAAAAGUCACGAUCAGUUGGUUUCCCUUUAAAGAGAAAAUUAGAAGAAGUAAAAUCAAAGGCAGAGAAGGUUGUUAAUCACAUAGAGUCAUCGAAAGAACAACUCAGUGUAGAUAUCAAAACAAUGUUUGCGGGAAUAAAAAGAAUACGAGAUGAUGUAAUCAAAAUGUUUGAUGACCUGGAAGUUUACGUUACCAGGGAAACUGACGUAUUUCAGGCUGAAGUAACUAAUAAACAGGCAAAGAAGCAAUCUAACUGUGUGAAACAUAUAUCUGACGUUAAAAAGUCACUGGAAGUUGUUGAUACAGCUUUGCAGAAUGGGACCCCAUCCCAGCAAUUUAUAGUAGAAAAGAAAAUGAAAAAACAAGUGAAUGAACUUUACAGGGACGUGGACAAUGAUUGUCAAAAUCUAGAAAUUGCUACCGCUUCCUUUAAGUUUGAAGAAACAUUAAAGUUGCCACCAUUACCUUUUUCUGAUUACGUUCCCGGAAAGCUAACAUUAAAUUACACCUCGAACGAAGGAAAGAAAUCUGUCGCACCUGUAAAUCCGGUUGUUAAGUUAACGAAGAUUACUUCCAUUGAUCUGAAGCAGACUGGAGAUGAUGUAAAGGAACCGUUAUUCUCAGGACUUGAUUUCCUGCCGGAUGGUAGACUUGUUGCCGUGGAUAAUAAAAACAUGAAAUGUUUGAUUUACAAUGAGAAGUUUGAGAAAGUAGGAUCGUUUCAGUUAUCGUAUAUGCCCCGAAGUGUUGCUACAGUAUCUGAGGAUGAAGUGGCGAUAACAAGUGGUGGCAAAUACAAGAUAGACUUUUUACGUGUCAGUAAAUCUAAUGAUAUAACUUUUAUCAGGACAUGUAAAGUUUCGACAAAGUAUGACUCUAUAUGUCUGAAAGAUGAGGGACACUUUGUUACUGGAACUGUCGAUGAUACAAGAUCAGUUCGUAUUGUAUCUCUGUCAGGGGAAGAGAAAGAUUUCAGUACCAGCCUUCCCAAUAAAGAUUGCUCUUUACCUGCUUUUGUGUGCGACUAUAUAAGGAAUUCUGAUAAGUUGAUACUAACCGAUAGGCUCGAGCAUACGGUCUAUAUAUAUGACGUAGCGACCAACACCAGAGUUGUUGUCAAGAACGACCAGAUCAAGGAACCACGCGGUGUAGCAGUAGGUCCAUCCGACUGUAUCCUGGUUUGCAGUAAUAAAACAAAUUCCAUUGUACAGCUUUCUCAGACAGGUCGGAUUCUAUCAUCGUACACAUUAGACAUGAAACUGCCAUACAGAGUCUGUGUUUCCAAGGAUCAAUCUAUUAUUGCUGUUACAAAUAGAAGUACGAAUAAACCAAAGUUACAAUUGUUUAAACUUACAUAUGCAGAGUGA